CUGAACUUCACACCAUGUAAAACUCUCUCCACAAUAAUAUACUUCUCUCGUAGUUUAGAUCUCUUUUCUCCCUCUCCUGUCUUGUGGAAGUAUUUCCAAGUCUCUGGUAAUCUUCUUAAGUCCUCAYAAUUGGUAAACKUCAGAUAUUUUAGAAGGAAACGAACGAGUUUGAACCUCAUCCAAAAUGGCCGCGAUUCGUUCAAGAGCUGAGAGUUUUACCCUUGAUUUACCGAAUGCUCCAAUGGAUGUUGUCCCUAGCGCUGUCCUUUCGCCAAUAACAGAGUUAUCAAUGAAUCUUGAACACAAUUCAAUCAGCAUGGGAAGAACACCGAAAAGGAAGCUAUCUUUAUGUAAUUUUGGGACCCCAAACACGCCAAAUCCAUCACCAUUGUUUCAACGAACGCUGUCCAACGAAUCUGGAUAUUUCCCUUCAUCUCCAGUUGGGCCAGCCUUCGAUUCACCAACUUUAGAAGUGCUAAAAUCAUCGUCGGGUAAUGCAGAAGAAAGGCGGAAACAGUUCCAUCUGAGCAAACCCCUAUUCAAAAGGUGGAAUUCUUCUCCUGCUGGUACAGGAGAAGACAGCUACAGCAACAAAGAAAACAUUCCAAGUAGUUCAGAAUCAUCUUCAGAAGACUUGAAGAACAARGAUGAAUUUGUCUUCACMAGACCCAGAGUUCCGUCAUUUGUUCGCAGAUUCUCUGUUCCUGCUCGACCUGGAGGACGGCCAUUACCUCAACGCUYCCUGUCAGACCCAUUYUCAGAGGUAUCUYUUCUCUUUACUUUUURAUACUGCUGUUGUUUUGAUUUGAAAUCUUUCUUAAAAGUAGAGUAUCAAAAACUAUUUGAGGAAAUUGUUAGAUGGAUAUAUUUACAAAAGUAAGCCAUAAGAUGAAGUGGACUGUAAGAAUUCCAGGCACCUUUAUGAUAUGGCUUCCUUUUGUAAACAUAUCAUGAUUAUAUAAUGUUGAAUUUGAUAAUAGUAAUGAAUAAAUAUUAUCAUUAGGUGAUUGAUAGUUGUCAAUCAUUCACAGUUGAWUUAUAAAAAGAAUACCAUCAGUCGCAGUAGUGUUUUAUCUUUGUUAAUAUCAUCAGCAUGACAACUAUUUCUUGU